AUGGAAAAAAUAUAAGAAUUAGUGGAAAGCCAAAAAUUUCAGGAAGCAAUUGAAGGAUUGACUGAUAUGUUGGAGAAUGAAUUGCCAAGUGCUAGACUCGAAACUUUAGAGGUGCUAAAUCGGAUAUUAAGUCUGAGCACUAAGAGACAGGAUUUGUAAAUAGCAAUUUUAAGGCUGGCAAAAUUUGAGAAUACAGGAAGAUAUUGUGAUUUGAUUCUGAAUUUGGCAAGGCUAUAUAUUGAUUUAGGAUAAUUGAGUGCUGCAAAAUAAGAGUUGGAAAAGUUAAGGAGCUUUAAUAAUAAUUAUGUUAGAUGCAUACUUUAAGGAUUUGAUCGAAUGUUCAAUUAAAAAAGGGAGGAGGUGUAAAAGGAGGAUCAAUGGGAGCAAUUUUAGCUAUUGGAGAAAGAAGAGAAGGAUUUAGAUUAUUUCUCAUAAGAUGGCUUAUGCAGUUAUCUGAUACCAGCAGCUUGGUUUUAGAAGUGGAGACUAUACGUUAAAAAUGAAGAUCCGAUAGUGAUUGAGGAUCCGAUUAUGGGGUUGGAUGUUACAAAAUUGAGAUAGCUGCUGAAUCUGAAUGAGGAUUCUAUUAACGAAGAGACUGAAGUGAUACCAGGUCCAAUUGACAGUUCGAGACUCAUUUAAAUUAAAUGGAAUUUGUUGCCCGACCCGACUUAGUCGAAAUAAUAUUUGAAUUAUGUGUUACGAAAUGACUUGAGAGAAGGCGUUGAUUUUGUCCAUGUAAGCGCAAAAGUAUUUAAAUUCUUUGAAAAAAUUUAUGGCGCCUUUGCUGUAAAAAGACUCAUUGUAAAAUAAGAUGAGCAAGACAGAAUACUUGUAGAUUUAAUCCCCAGAGUAGUUGAAAUCAUAAUUCUGGAAAAUUAAUUGGAGGAGUCAUCUUUAUCAGUAAAUGGGUUUGAAUAAGUAUAAGAAUUAACUAGAAAAAUUAGAGUCAUAAAAGGUAUUGGCAAUGAAAUCAAAUGGUGGAAGUUUAAGGAUCUAUAAAGCCAAAUGGAUUGGAUGUCUAUGAUAUAGAAAGGAACUUUCAUCAAAAGUAUUAAGGGAAAAGAUUUGGACUUGAAAAUUAAAAUUGAUGAUUUAAAUUUAACCACCUAAGACAUCCUCAUAUGCGAAAUCAAACAAGGGAAGAGUUGGCAAUUAACUGCUGAAAUAAAUUCUCUAUAACAAAAAGAAUAAAAUGUUUCAGAACUCUAUGCGAAAUUUGGCAUUAGCAAUAUUCCUAGAUGCCUAUCUGAUAGCAGAAGAGGAAUGACAGGUUUAUAGAACUUGGGAAACACUUGUUUUAUGAAUGCUGCUCUUCAGUGUCUCAGUAACACCUAUGAAUUUACAGAGUACAUGGUGUAUAAUCAUUUUGCAUAACAUUUAAAUCCCAACAAUGUAUUGGGAACCAAAGGAUUUUUGGCAGCAUCAUAUGCUGAAUUAAUGAAAUCUAUGUGGUUUUCCAAUUACUCCAGUGUUUCAGCCAUUGAUUUAAAAAAAGUGAUAGGAAAAUUUGCACCUCAAUUCUAUGGAUAUGGUUAAUAGGACUCUCAUGAAUUCUUGUCAUAUCUCUUAGAUGGAUUGCAUGAAGAUCUCAAUAGAGUUCUUAAUAAGCCCAUUGUCACAGAUAUAGAAAUUACAAAUGAAAGUGAUCAACAGGCUUCUGAAAAAUUUUGGAUCAAUUACACUUUGAGAAAUCAAAGCAAAAUCUAAGAACUGAUGGUUGGACAAUAUAAAUCUACUUUGGUCUGUCCAAUUUGUAGCAGAAUAUCAAAGACCUUUGAUCCCUUCAUGAGUUUGUCAUUACCCAUUCCUAGUUUUUCAUCCUUUUCAUCUUCUUUGUACUUUAUAUAUGAUGACAGUGAAACUAUGCCAGCUAAAAUUAGUUUGUAAUUAAGCAGUGAUAUGACAGGAUUAGAUAUAUUAAAAUAAUUGGAAAAUCUAUUAAGUAUCAGUCACAAAAGAAUGAAUAUGUUACUCAUUAAGGAACAUCAAAUUUAGGAAAGAGUACCUUAUGAAAAAGGAGCCAAAUGGAUAAGCGAACAUAUUGGAAUAUUAUUCGUUCAAGAGGUUGAAUAGAAUAUCUAAAAUAUGAAAUAAAAUUAAAUGAAUGUUGAUUUCUAUUAUGUAUCCAAAGCAACUAAAAUCUAUGAAGUGGAUAAGAUAUUAUCUUUUCCUAGAUAAGUAGUAAUUGAUAGAAAUUCAACUGCAUAACAACUCUAUGGAUAGAUCUACUAUAAAUUUAGAAUUCAUUUAACCCUUGCAGUUAAGGAGCUAACUGCUCAAGAAUUCCCUUUAAAAGAUCAAUUUUUAUCACUUCCAAGACCUAAAAAUUUAGAGGAAUCUAUACAAGAAUUUGCAAUAUUAAUAUAAAACCAAUUAUAACCAUUUACUCUAAGAUUCAAAGAUCUCUCUGAUAAAUCAAAAAAGGAAAUCUAAUUUAGUGAUGAUGCAAUAAGCAAUAUUUCAGGUUCCAAUCUUUCUAUUGAAGUUAUUAUUUCAGAGUACCUAACUAAAACAGUUCAAAUUCUAAAAUUGCAAAGGUGUAAAGAGUUCACAACUAAUGAUACAAAAUCUUAGGUAAGAAAGGGAGAAUAUGAUUUGGAUGAUUGUCUUAAAGCAUUUACAAAAGAGGAAAUUUUAGGUAAAGGAGAUGAAUGGUAUUGCAAUAGAUGCAAAAAGCAUGUUCAAGCAUCAAAAAAAAUGGAAAUCUAUAAGGCUCCUUAAAUAUUAAUAAUUCACCUUAAAAGAUUUAAAACAAACAGAAUAUCCAAUUUAGGUAAUUUUUACUUCAGCAAUGGUACUUAGAAAAUAUCAUCAAUGGUAUAAUUUCCACAUGAACUUAAUUUAAAUAAUUUUGUGUUGUCCAAAUAAGCUGGAGAUAAUUUAAAUUAUAUAUAUGAUCUCUAUGGAGUGGAUAAUCACUAUGGUGGUUUGGGAGGAGGACAUUAUACAGCCUAUGCUUUUAAUAGUGUGUUAAACAAAUGGAUAGAUUAUAAUGAUUCCAAUGCUAGAACUACGAGUAGUAAUGUUGUAAGUGAGUCAGCUUACUUAUUAUUUUACAGAAGGAGAGAUUCUGAAAAAUGUUAAAUGUUCAAAUGAUAAAUAUAUAUAAUAUAUAUUCAAUAUCAUAAGUUUAAUCUAUCAAAA